AUGUCCUUCUUAGCAGAGAAACACGCUAACUACUUCCGGCUAUGCCUGAAGUCAAUGCCUGCCAAGGCGCAAUCUGAAGAUUCCAAUAAGUUAGCACUCAUUUAUUUUACUGUACACGGUCUCGCUUUGUUGGGCCGGUUGGAACAGGAGAUAGACAGAGAGGCAGCUGUCGCAGAUAUCUAUGCCUACUUGAUCCCGAGCUAUGACGGGGAAAUUUCAGGAUUUAGGUCAAGUCAGACUUUUGCAUUGGACGAGAAGAACGCUGACUAUGAUCUUCCCAAUUUGCUGGCUACGUUCUUUGCGCUAGCGACGUUGUUGGCCUUUGAGGAGGACUUCUCGAAGAAGCUCGACAGAGACAGAAUAAUGAGGUUUGUCAGCCGAUGUCAGAUAAAAGAAGGGGAGAACAAGGGGUCCUUCAGACCCGUCAUUGAUCCUGAAGGUCAGCCUUGGGGGGAGUCGGAUCUUCGUUUAUGCUACAUUGCAGCUGGUAUCAGGAAGAUGCUAGGAUACGACAAGCUUGCAAACAGGCCAUUUGACAUUGACGUGUCAAGUUUGGAGGCUUUCAUUUUGGACAAGGUCAACUUCAAUGGCGGCCUUUCAUCGUCUUCACACACCGAGUCCCAUUCAGGUCUCACCUUCUGUGGCAUUGCAGCGCUUAGGCUCCUUGGAACCGACCUUUUGGCACCCAAGCACUCUGAGUGGGUCGAGCUCACAAAACAAUGGCUAGUCCAUAGACAAGUCGACUAUCCUGCGGGUCUCUACAAAGGUACAUCCUAUGAAUAUUACCAAGAAUGCGACAUCGGAGGGUUCAAUGGCAGAGAAAACAAAUUUGCAGACACCUGCUACCUGUGGUGGGUGGUUGGGCUGCUUAAUCUUUUAAGUGAAGACGGAGUUGGGUUGAUAAAUGACCAAGGUCUUCUUGACUACUUGCUUGACAGGACCCAGCAUAAGCUUAUAGGCGGCUUUGCCAAGGACACUGAGGCUUUCCCAGAUCCGUUCCAUUCAUUCCUUGCUGUCUGCAGUGUUUCUCUCCUUAAGCAUUCCUUGCAUCUUUCUAUCGAGGGAAGCGACGUUUUGGAACCGGUUGACGGAGAAUUGCAAACACCUCCAGCACCGAAAGCUUCGCUUGAAGCCAAGGUGCCCACCACUACUAUCCACCUUAUUUCCGGGGGUACCGCUGGUUUAAUAUCCGCCUUCACUCUCCAGCCAUUGGAUUUAUUGAAGACAAGGUUGCAACAACAGAGACGCAGCAACACGGGAUUUCAGACGUCUAUCAGCAAAGAACUCAAAAAAUUAGCCAACAUCAAAGACUUGUGGCGAGGCGCAUUGCCAUCCACUUUACGUACAUCCGUGGGCGCUGGGCUCUACUUCACGAUACUUUCACAAACUAGAACGUACUUGGCGAGCUUGAAGCAGGUCAGUGAAAAGUCGUCGUCCAGUGUUUUACCCAAACUCUCACAUGCGGAAAACUUGGCCACGGGGUUUGUCGUUAGAGCGGCCGUGGGCAUCAUCACCAUGCCGAUCACAAUCAUAAAAACCAGAUUCGAGUCCAAUUUGUACAAUUACAAUUCUAUGUAUGAGGGAUUCGAGGGCAUUUACAACGAAGGGGAGGGCCCCAAGGGCUCUUUCAGAAACUUUUUCAAAGGUACGGCAGCCACGCUAGCUCGAGACUGUCCUUACGCAGGGCUUUAUGUUCUCUUUUACGAGAGCUUUAAAAACGAUGUCAUGCCUCAGCUCAUUGUCCCUUUCAAAGCUAGCAUUCCAGACAAUUACGUUGCCAGUGUGACGAACUCUCUGUCGGCGGUAUUAGCUGCACUGGUGGCUACGAGUAUCACCGCACCAUUCGAUGCAGUAAAGACAAGACUACAGCUUAUCGUCAGUGUUGGUAAGCCGCCCACGAUUUGGGCAGCCACUAGGCAGAUUGUGCUGGAACCUGGUGGAGCCCGCAAUCUCUUCAAUGGACUUUCGCUCAGACUAGGACGUAAGGGUCUUAGUGCCGGUAUCAGUUGGUGUAUAUACGAGGAGCUUCUUAAGUUUCUUUAG